GAGGAGUGGGGAGCGUGGAGCGUGGAGCGUCGGGGAUGGGGGAUGGGAGUGGGAGGCCGUAACCAUGGCGACGAAGAAGUUGGCCAGACAGCUUGGCAUUAUUAGAAGAAUUUCUAAAACAUCGCCCGGUGGCCAGAAUCAUGGCAAACCCAAACUGAGGCAGUUGUUUGACUACUUAAUAAUUAUUGAUUUUGAGUCUACGUGCUGGAAAGAAGGCAGAAAAUGUUACACUCAAGAAAUCAUUGAAUUUCCAGCAGUUCUAUUAAACACCUUGAAUGGAGAGAUUGAAUCUGAAUUCCACAUGUACGUGCAGCCUCAGGAACAUCCCAUUCUCUCUGAAUUUUGCACUGAGCUAACUGGCAUAAAGCAGAACCAAGUUGAUGAAGGUGUCCCUCUUCAUAUAUGCCUGUCUCAGUUUUCUAAAUGGAUUCAAAAAAUGCAGAAGGAAAAAAACAUUGUUUUCAGUUCAGGUCAUUCUUCAGAAGGAAAAUUAUGUGCUUUUGUUACAUGGUCAGACUGGGACCUGGGUGUGUGUUUGCAAUACGAGUGUAAAAGAAAGCAGCUGAGAAAACCAGAUGUUUUAAACUCCUGGAUUGAUCUCAGGGCAACUUACAAGCUCUUUUACUGUCGGAAGCCACGUGGGCUAAACGGUGCUUUGCAGGAUGUGGGGAUCAUAUUUUCAGGACGGGAGCAUUCUGGGCUGGAUGAUUCCCGGAAUACUGCUCGCCUUGCAUGGAAGAUGAUCUGCGAUGGGUGUGUGAUGAAAAUCACUAAAUCUUUGGAUAAGGUCAGUGGCUUUUCUACUUGACAUAUGUGCCAAGAAGACAGUAAGUUUGCUGAAACGACUUUGAACUUGAUCUUCUUCCUGGAGGAUUCCGAGGCACAUUUUCUCACUUGGCUGUUGACACCUCUUUCCUGCGGUUCCCACAAUAUCUUAUUUGUUUAUGGAUUCUUUAGGCACCUCCUGCGAAGAAUUCCAUUGCCAGGUUUUUGUCUCCAAAACCUACUGAAGGAAGUCCUUUGGGAAGCAAUGAUGGUGCAGGAAUGUCAUGUCUGGAUGAGAGCAAAAAUGCUGGAGUUACCACAGGAAUUAAAAACAACAAGGAAAACCAACAGCAA